GACCAAAAAAAAAAAUAAUAUGUUGGGGGUGUUGCUUUAUGUAGGUCAAGGGCUCUCCCUGGGAGUGCUUAACUUGUCCAUUGUUAUUCCACAGAUGUUUGUUUUGGUAAUCAGUGGGCCUCUGGAUGACGCAUUUGGUGGUGGUAACUAGCCAGCCUUCGUGUUAGGUUCGAUUGCAGCUGCAUUUAGUGCAUUGAUGGCGAUUUUUUUGCUUCCAAAGCCUCCCAAGCAAGUUUCUCUUGCUCCUGGAAUGGGUGGUGGGCACUGAGCCAAAGGCUUUCUUCUUCUACUUUGCUUAACUACCUUGCUUUUGGUUUUUGUCUUUAACCACCAUGGUCUUUAAUCUUCUUUUCCUCUUCUCUUUUACUUUGGCCUUCAUAAGGGUUGAAUGCACUUCUAUGCAUUCUCUUUCAUAUUCUCUAUGCUGGAGUUUACCAUACAUGUAUGCAUAUAUAUAUAUAUAUGGUAUUUACUUUAUUGAUGCAUAUGAUCAAUAACUUAUUCCAGCUGUU